AUGGCAAGAAAAAAUGGCCUGCAGCCGCUGACGCUGGAACCUGGGACAGGAGGAAGAGUUAAUGUUAAUGGUACGGAAUUUAUUAACAUUCAGCAAAGUCCAAGAUCUCCUUUGAGUGCCAAAUCCCCAAGAUCGCCGAGGUCGCCCUUCAAAUUCAAUACAAAGAAAUCCCAAUCACAACAGCAGGCUCGAAGUCAAGCUCAAGAACAAGAACAAGAACAACUUCAACUCCAACAACAGGAACACGAACAACUCCACCUGCACCUCCAAGAACAGGGGCAACAUCAAAGAGACGAAGCGUCUUCUAUGCAAGAAGUCGAUCCGCAGACAUCCGUAAAAGAUCCAUCAGUUCCAACUGGCAGUGGAAGUGGAAUACCAACAUCACAAACUCUUCCUUCUCUUUCUUCAUUUCAAUCUUCUGCCUCUCCACGGACUCCAGAUAAGGUCGUCGGUAUCAAGGAAAAACCUUCGCGAACGGGAUUCUUUUCAAAUUAUAAAGCGUCCAAAAGCGCAAGUAAACUUCAAUCAUCUUCUUCAUCAAAUAUAUCACGCCAAGUGAAUGUUGUCGAGGACAAUAAUAUGUCCAGAGACACAGACCGCCCUGCGAUGAGCGGAAAGGUUUCAUCACAGGACACUAAAAGAAGUGGUACGACCCAUUCUGUUUCGUCCCUUCCUCUUCAGACAAUAAUGUUGUUGGAAUCAGGUCCUACUGGAUCUUCAUUAGUUAGAAAACCGGUCGGGGUUCAGUCAAGAUCUGACGCCUCGCUGGCAUCAUCAACGAACGACUCCCCACAACAAAAUUCCGAUUCCAAUUCAAUCAAUAAUCGAAAGAAUAAACCGAAGCAAUUCAGUCUCCUCGGUAGAACUAGAUCAUUACGAGAUGAUAAUAGCCCCGCUGAGCCCUCUCCGCCAAAAAAUAAUUAUUUGGACCCUGAUCUACCUACCCAUCAAUACACACACACAAGUCCUUCAAGCUCUGUCAAGACUACAACACCGGCUCGAAGCGGCGACGAUAGAAAUUGUAGGGAGAUGUCGACUCCAACUAAUCAUCGACAACGAUCGGAAGACCGUCAACAUAGCCGCUCGAGAGAAAAUCGUGGAAAGGAUUCUAUGAGAGAAAAUACGAAGGAGCACACGAAGGAUAAUAGCAGAAAUCAAUCGUCCUUCUCUACAACAUUCAAAGAGGCCGGCGGACAUGCAUUCUUCAACAAUAUCAAAUCACAAGCCACAAAGGGAGCUGGUGCAAUACACAAGAAUUUAUUCGGAAAGGGAGGACGGAGUGGUAGCUCUACACAUAAGGAGCCCUCAGUCGAUGAUGAGCAUUACGUUUUAAAGGUCAUCAAUAAGCCACUUGUCGAGCAAACUCGACUCACCAGAAUAUCAAAGAGGUUGGAGGAUUCAAGGGACAAAACAGAGUUUUGGAUGCCAUCGUUCCCUUGGAGAGCGAUUGACUAUUUGAACUACAAGGGAAGUGAUGUGGAGGGACUUUACAGAGUACCUGGAAGUGGACCGCAAGUUAAAAAGUGGCAGAGGAGAUUCGACGAAGAGCUUGAUAUCGACCUCUUCGAAUGUGAUGACCUCUACGAUAUAAAUAUCAUCGGCUCGAUGCUUAAAGCAUGGCUUCGCGAACUCCCCGAUGAACUGCUUCCCAGAGCUGCACAAGAUCGAAUUGCUAGAGAAUGUGCGGGCUCUGACGAGGUUCCACAACAACUCGUCGACGAAUUAUCUAACCUUUCUCCCUUCAAUUAUUACCUCCUCUUCGCCAUCACUUGCCAUCUAUCUCUACUCCUCGCCCACUCCGAAAAAAAUAAGAUGGACUUUAGGAAUUUAUGUAUAUGCUUUCAACCUUGUAUGAAGAUGGAUGCAUUCUGUUUCAAAUUUCUUGUUUGCGAUUGGAGAGAUUGUUGGAAGGGUUGUAAGACUGAAGCAGUAUACAUUGAACAGGAGUAUAUGCUUUUUGAUCAGAUGCCACCCGGAAGUGCUGGUGGACGAAGUAGUACUGCUGUUGAGAGUCAUGAUGAAAGGAAUGUUAGCAGUUCUGACAGCAGCAAGCCAUCGAGUGUCAGCCUCGAGAAUCAGGGUCGAAAACAUAGCCAUGAGAAGGGUCGAAAAGCCAGCGGCGAAAAAAAUCAACGCAGAAGCCCGGAUAGCGAGAGAAGUCAAAGACAGAUUCAAGUGGAGAAUCACAGGGAGGGGGCCAUGAGUCAAAGCAAUAGCAUGAACAGUAUCGAUACUGUCAGUACAACUUUGACUGUUAUACAGGCGACGCCGCCUCGAAAUGGGGAUAUGAGGCCAUUGAGUCCUAUCAAACCACUCUCUCCCAUUGGCUUCUGA